UUAAAUAUGUAUAUUUCUUAGUAUGAAUUCAAGACUUAAUCUACAAUCACGAAGUAUCAAGUAUACUUCUCUUAAGUAAGAAAAAAGAAAAUAGAGAGAGAGAGAGAGAGAGAGAGAGAGAGAGAGAGAGAGAAAGGAAGAGAUAGAGAAAAACGGAAAAAAGAAGUAUUAAAAAAUCGAACCGAUCUCAAUUCUACACCAAAGUGUUCAUCCUUCACGUGGAAAUUUUCUUUUACUAACUCUGUGUAACGUGGGACGUUUAGGGCCAGGUCGUGUUUUCUAACCUGUUUGGAGCUUUCAAAAAAUCUAAACGAUUUCAUGGUUACUUAUUAACGUCUGUACUACGAUAUCAAAUAGGUUUCGAAGUGAACUAUAUCUGAAAAUUUGUCCAAAAAAAAGUCGAAGUUGAAGCAAAAUUAUUUGGGACAUGGGACAAGGAUAACAAAUACACGAUUGUAAAAUCGUUGGAGGUCUAAACGCCCCACAUUGUAUACGAAUAAUUAAAAUCGUCGACUAGCAAUCUCCCGUCACAACAAUACAUACUAAUAAAGCAGCCACCACGCCAUCGACUCGAGCUCAAAAUAAAAUUAUCGUCAGCUCAUUACGAGGCAUUACGAGGAAUUCCCUAAUUCCCACUAACAAAAGAGACCUCAUCCUAUCGUCAGAAAUUCGUUAUCUCUCAACGAACGACAGACACCAAUAUUCUAGCGUACUCUUCCCGCGAUUCCUGAACGUCGAUCAAAGGCCGAAAGAUCCAGCGAUUAUUACGACUGGCCGCCUAUAAUUAAACAUAUCCGUGAUUGGAUUUGGCGGUAUGGGCGACGAUAAAUUACGAUUCCCCGGCAAAUGUCACGGAUCCCCGAGGAUUCCCGGGGACGAGGGGAACGCGACGAGCCCGAGGACAGUGGCUUCGCAAUAUCAUCGGGCUACCGUCUGGCUGGCCUUUUGCAAACGAGGUCGAAGGUCAUGUCUUCGAGACAUAAUCGUGCAUAGAGAGCGGAGUCAACAUAGGACCGUGGAUUCUCGAGCACGCGACCAUUUUUACAAUUACCAGCGAAAUUUAUUAUAAUCGAGAGUUAAAUUGAUCUUAAAGUGGUGUCGAUACGCUUCCGGUUUUGGUUCCUUAUUGGAAGGAAGUUGGAAGAGUGCAGAGAUUAUCGCAGAGGAUCAUGGCGACGUUCUAUCUUUUGGACAUCCUUGGAAUUUCAUUGCUGUUGCACUUGAGCUUUAGUAUAUUGCUACUGGUCAUUUUGGUGCCUUUUAUGCUACUCGUUUAUCCGGUGUUAAAAUGGUUAAGAAAGGGUUGGAUACGUUUCGUAAAAUGGAAAUAUCCGAACGUGGUCGUGGUGGAAGAGAACAACAUUCGAACAAUCCUGGAUCAAUUUCGAAAUCACGGGAUUUGUACUUUGCUGAUUCAAAGUCGCUCGAUCGCAGAAGGUAUUCGCGGCCACUUGGUACAUCUGACUACAUCCAGAAGGUUUCUUCGCGCAGGAUUAUCUACGAGAUGGGGUCUUUACGUAUGGAAGGAUCUUGAUUAUUUCUCCGUGGAUAAUCACUUGUUAAAUUCACCGUGUUCCUUCAGAGGUCGACCCAUCACAGAGUUCAACAUUCAGGACUAUGUGAGCGAUCUCACGUCGAAAUUCUUUCCAUUCGGACAACCACCGUGGCAGGUGCACGUAAUAAACUGUCUUCUUCGUGGAGAGGAGUACCAAAUCUGUCUGGUGAGGGUUCAUCAUCUGCUCCUUCAACAAGAACACCUAGCGUUGGCCGACUUCCUUCCAUUGAGAUAUUCUACUGACAGUUGGGCGUGUCAGGAAGCGGACUCUCCUUUCACGAAUCUUUACUCGGAGCCAUCGGCACUUCCAAAACUUUAUCAGAAACUCACGGAGAGCUUCAGUAAUUAUUGGAACGAAUUUUUAUACAAUAACGAUCCAAACGAGAGACCAGAAAUCCUGAAGAAGCAGAUUGGUAUUUUUCAAUGCUUGAAAAUCGCUGUCAUCGUUUUAGUCUCUUCGGUGAAAGAGAUGACAAGACAGUACAGGAAAGGAGAGGGACCCAGAUUUCUCGACAUUUUCUCCAUCUUACAGCGAGAAGCCAGUAAACGAAACGUCGGUCAUACCGUCUUUCUACACGCUCUAUUAAAAUCUUUGAACCCUCUGCAAUUCUUCUGCGAUGCCAUCCUAUGGUGUUGGUAUCUAGCAGUCGUUAUAACUCUGAAAACGCCGAUAUUACUUAUCCGAGAGUUACAAGCUUUGAAAUCACGUCACAAACAUUAUCAUUCGGAUACUCUGACUUCUAUGUUAUGGUGCUACGUUCCUUUGAUAUAUCAAGCCACCAUAGAGAUGGUUUCCAUAGCGUGGAUUGCUAUAAAGGCGCCGAAGACAAUUUUCGAAGAAUUAUUUCUGAAGCAUCCGCAAGCCAAUCGACUUCAAAUUACGUCCCCUUGCGGACGAAAAGUAGUUGCUUGGUCGGAGGAGAUCAAACUCGAUGUUCUACGAAAAAUCUCGUCUAUGACAGGAGCGACAGAGGCGGAAGUUUUGUUAGCCGCUACGGUAGAUUCUCUUAAGGAAUACUUUCGCCAUUCUGGCGUUAGAAUACCGGACGAUGUGCUCGCCACUGGCAAAUUUGUCGAACAGAGGGCCAUAUUUCUGCGGAAUCACCAAGCUAGAGGCAUUUUGUGUCUUGCGCUUCCUACAAAGACUCCGCUAUUCGAAGAUGAUCUGGUGGAAAUCUUACAGGUUAUUCAGAAAAAUGUGCGCGAGGCAAGAGCAAAGCAAAGUGCGAUGUACGCCAUAACGGCAGCUGAAGAGUCUUGCGGAUUGAUUUCCUCCUGUUUGCCGUCGUUACUGCUCAAAGUGAUGUUAAAUCAGUUAACGAGAAGGUAUUCCCUCUCCUUGACACAUGUCAACGGAGAUGUGCCCGUAGAAGGCGUGGACGCGAUGAUGUAUUGGCGACCCCCUCAAGGCAACUGCAAUAUGUCGAUAACCCUGCACAGGUACGGAAGCGGUGUGCGGCUAGGUGUGAUGGGCGACGCGUUAAUUGGUCCUGAACACGCCGUUAUCACGAGGACUUUCCCGAAAAGCAUGGAGAAUCUCGCGAACGUAGUUGGAGUUCCUAGAAUUCCCAGCAGAAACUCAACUCCGAGUCCAGUUAAUCCGAGUACUUCACCGGGACAUUAAAAAUGUACGGAGGCUAUGUAGAAUAGGUCACAUGUUUGUCUCCUGAGAAGAUAAAUCCGCGUUUUUUUCUCGGAAAUCGUGCGAAACUGCGAAUUCGAAAUUGAAAGGGAAAUUGAACUGGAUACCGGACCUUUAGAGGAAGACUUGUAUGUAGAAUUUAUUAACCCUGUCGGAUAAUAUUUAUAACUAUCUACGAUUGUCAUAUAUUUAAAAGAAAAAAAUUUCCAAUUUUUUUUUGGAAAUAGAUAAGCAAGAAAUAACGAAAAAGAUUGCGGCGGUGAUAUUUGUUACUUUUUUAUAAAUUUGUGAUGCAACGCUAUUUCUGUCUCCGUCCUUUUUGAUAUUAUCUUUUUUUUCAGCCACAUUCGAAUAAAUAAAAAUAAUCUGUUUCUUUCAACAUAUUGUAAGUAUAUAUAUUUAUACAAAUAUAUACAUUCGUAUCUAAUUUAUACAUACACUUUCAGCAAUUUAUAUUUUGCGGCAAUGCAUAACGCAUUAUAAAGAUUAAGAAAUUAAAUCUCCUUCUUAUUACUUGUUACAAUGGUUUCUAGUUUUUAAGUAUUAUACGUUACAACUGUUACAGUUGACAGAAGAUAUUUCAUUUUUUUAACAAGACAUUUCUUUCCAUGAAUCACAACUUUCGUUUUAGCUUGACUUUGCAUAAACAGAACAACGUUAGGGAAGUUAAUUUGAUAAUUUGAUUCCCAUCUUUGUAUUGAGUAUUUAAAAAGUUGUCAAUUUUGAUGAAAAUUAAUUACAAAAGGAAUCAUUUAUCAGGGUCUUGUCAUUUUAAUUAACAAAAUUAUGUUAUUUAACGAGAAGAGUGUCACGAUUUCAAAACUGUUUAACACUACACUUAGAUUAUCCCAAUUAAUAGUAAGCAACGUAACUAAACAAUAUUUGACUAAAAAAUAAUAUAUAUCAAGGCUAAAAAAUUAUUAUCUAAAUUUUAAAAGGAAAUAAAUGUUUCCAUCGCUGGUUAGGUUAUUAAUUACUUCCUGUUUAAAAAUUUCUAUUUCAUACCAAUGUGUUUCGAAAAAUUUACUUUUCCUGAUUGUGCCAUUUUUUCACAAACUCACGAUAUACAUGCGAAAUUGAAAUCAGUUGUGAUUUUCGAACUUGUAUGUUCACAUUUUUCUUGUUAAGAGAUAAAAAGAACCGUAAUUCCAUUAGUUUUCGAAAAUAAAUUAUUAAAGCUUCUGCAUGAGUCAAAUUGUAAGUCACAUGUAUGCUAUAGGGCGCAUACUCUAGUACCUCAUUGUGAGUGCACAUAUACAAAUAUUAGCGAUGAUACGUUAUACAUUGCAUAUGUACAUACGUAUACCUUAUAAAAAACGUAACACAUUGUACACAACGUUAAAGUCGUACGUAAUUCGUAGGCAAAAAUUAAAAUUGAAUAACUCUUUCUUAUGUUAUGAUACAGUACUAUAGAACGAUGUAAUAUUAUUAUAGUUACUUACUAAUAUUCUUUAUUCCCUCUCUUUUUCAUAUCCAAUGGACGUUGUCGCCCACUUUCUCCAUAUAACUUGCGCUUCCAUCUAUAGGUUUCAGUGCAAACAAUGAUAAUUAUGAUAAUACCGACUAUCAUCAUCACUUUUUACUACUACUACUGAAUCACUAAUUAACAAAUUACAAAUACUAUCACUAAUAAAAGUAAAAUAAUUUAAUAACAAUAACAUUCUAUCGUUAUAAACUAUGUAAUACACAAUAGAAAAAAGUUGUACGAAGUGAAACUAAUCGAUGCUAAAUGUAAUAAUUUUAAAAGGUUACAUUUUUCACUGUUGCAGUCAAAACCAUUCUGUUCUUUUAAAAUCAUAUUCCCAUAUCAUAUUGUCUUUGUGAUGAAAAAUGUUUCACGAUUAGUUAAUGAAUUCUGUAGAGGUGGUAUUUUCUAACAAUAACACAGUAUCACUUUGUGGGGUUGGUAGAAAAUUUAAGACGUUGCUUUCAUCGAUACUCUGUGCCACAAGAUGCACGUGUGCAACUUGAGAGAAGGAUACCCAACCGUGCGAAAUUCAACCUAACUGGGCGCGUAUAAUCGAAGGAAGAUCCGUUGCUACGAGGACAGUAAGAUAAUAAACUGUAUUUCGACCUCUACCCCUACUUGAUCCAAACACGCGCUACAACAAAUACACAAUAGUGGAAACUGAAAACUUUGUUAGACUCCGUGUCGACUUCGAAAAGAUGUAUGUGUAAUUUAUUGUAUAAGAUAAUGUACAAUUUUUACGCAAUUUCAAAUCUACUUUCAAGAAACUCCUGGUAAAAUUUACAUUUGUUAUCACACUUGACACUGUUACGCUAUGUAGUAUUAAAUAUAACAUUGUUGCAAACAGCAUCAAAACUCUCAUUGAUUAUUGAGUAUAAAAUGUGAUAGCGGGAUAAUAUGGACAACCAAUUGACUUAUAUCUUUAGAAGUGAAAUAUUUGAUUUUAUCUUGUACCUUUGCGUGUCGUGUUUUAGUGAAGCAUGUGUACACGAAGCAAGGCGCUACUAGCGUUCCAAUGCACGCUAGAGAACAGUAGCAGAAACUAGUAUUUUACGACUCUCAGUUCAAUCCGAGGGAAAGCUUUGACAAUUUAUUUUGUAAGGACGAUAUACUUAAAGCGCAUUCUUCUUUUUAAAUUUUUUUUCUCAAGAGACACAGGAUAAAUGACAUAGAAAUCCGGAAAUGAAGUUAACACGUCGUUAAGAAAUUGUAGAGAAAGAACUGUAUCCAUUUUUAUACGCUCUACGAGUAUGACAUAAUUAUUUAUAAGCACGAUCUUUUCUAAGAACGAGACUUUUUAAUAACAUUCAUUAUAAUGUAAUGGAAACAAUUAAUUGUUGAUAUUUUUGUUAAACUUCUAACAACAGGGUGCUUAUUUAAGCAAAAAUAUAAGUAUGUACAUAUUGAAACAGCAGAUUUAAGUAAAGUUGCAGUCAUUAUAGUUACGUAUCCUUACGUCUCUACCAUGAUAUCGAUUGAUUAAAUAUUUCUAAAAGCUAUACAGAAAUUUCUAAAAAUCGAAUAAGUUUAUUGGAUUUAUUUUUUUUAUUUUUUAAUUGAAAUAUGUCAUUACGGUGUAUAAUAUGGUAACAUUGCGCUUCAAAAAUCUUCGUUAAUAUAGUUAAAUGCCGAAUACUUAUUAACUAGAGAAUACAUUUGCUAAUUUCACAAUUUUUCUAACCUUUACCUGACAAUGGUUGCGAUCACAGUUGGGACGUUUCGUUACAACGAUGCGAAAAAUUAUUGUACAUCGUUUUAAUUAGCAUGGCAGACUUGAUUUCUCAAUUUGUUAUCUAUAUUGGACGUUAUAAGGCAGAAGUUUAGAAGUAUAUCAAUCUGGUGGUAUUCACAGCAAAUUUGAAGAAAAUCCAAUCAGCAUGUUCUUUAGAUAUCACUCAUACUGUUAUACCCUAUCAUGCGCUCGAACCAUGUCCUUGAAGGGAAGAGGGUGAACGCUUUCUAGACGAACGCGAGGCCUUGAGAUGAUUAGGCCACGAACAAUACUCUAGAUGAUCUUCCAGGCAAUCGAUCAGACCAUAAUAUGUCGCUAAUGUACUAACGACGCCUCGGAAGUAACCUGAUUUAUGACACGCACGGCCAUUGAGAACAUGAUAGACAUAGAAAAUAGAAAAGAUUGUUAGAAUUGUUGAAAAAAAUCGUUAUAAAUGCUAAAGUCUCUACUAAAAAAUAGCCUCUUGUGUCCGAAAGCAGGCGUCAUAAAAUUACCUACGAAAGACCUCACGUUUUUGUUCCUUCGGACGGAACACGCAAGAUUUUUUUGUCGUUAACGCCUUUAUAAGUAUAUAAAUUCAGUUAAGUUUGCCACUUCCUUGUUCAGAAAUAUUCAAAUUGAAUUACCAGAUAGUAUAUAUUUGUAUGUUAGUUCAUGUUUUUCUAGUAAUACACGUAUAUAGAAAUUUUGUAAAUAUUUAUCAAAGCAAGUUUCUUCUAAUUACGAGCACCUUUUUUAGAAACAUCCUUUUUUUUAUUGUUUUAUUUGUUUUUAAGAAAGAAUUUUGUCUUUAAUAAAAUUAUUGGUGAAUUAAUUUUUUUUAAAGAAAAGUAAAUAAUAUGUAUUUUAUAGCUUUGUACUGUUGGAACAACAGCGAAUAAUAUAUACCAAUUGCAUAUCGAUACAUUUACGCAAGCGACACGCAUCGCACAUAUUAAUCGAAAGAUAAAUUGCAAUUUAAAAGAUAAGGAUGCAUUUGUAUUUCAAUUGAAUAAAUCAAACUGUAGUAAAUCCACAAAAUAAUUAAAUAGUGAAAUACGAUGUUCAAUUACGUUUGCCGCAUGAU